AGGUCACCUGACAGUGAGACAUCAUAAAGGCAUCAACAAGCUCUAUCGUCUGCAUUGCAGUGCUCUCUACCCUCCGGUCUGCUUCAACCAUCAGAGAAACAGGAACAGAGAGGCGAGCCGGAAAACAGCGCAGUCAUGCUGCUUUUAACUCUGCUUUUCGUGUCUUCAGCUGUGGCAACCCCUCUUCUGGGCACAGAGCAGUGUGCUCGGGGCCCCACCUACUGGUGUCAGAAUGUAAAGACGGCAUCUUUGUGUGGAGCUGUGACUCACUGCCAGCAGAAUGUGUGGAACAAACCCCAGAUGAAAUCAGUGCCAUGUGACUUGUGUAAAGAGGUUUUGAUUGUGGUGGAGCAGAUACUGAAGGACAAUGCCACUGAGAGUGAGGUUCUUGGGUACCUGGAGAAGGCCUGCCAGCUCAUUCCUGAUGAGAGUUUGACAGCAGAGUGCAAAGAGAUGGUGGAUGACUACUACCCAAUCAUCAUGGGAAUCAUUAAAGGAGAACUGGAGGAUCCCAGUGUGGUGUGUGGUGCCAUCGGGCUGUGCAAGUCUCAGCAGGCAGCCCUGGCAAAGGCUCAGGCCCAGGAGCAGCUCGUGUCCAAUGAAAUCCCUCAGGUUGACCUUUCCCAGCAAGUUGCUCCCUUCCUCCUCAAUGUUCCCGAGCUCCUCUAUCCUCAAAGUCCCAAGCAGGAGGCUCCCAAACAGGAGAGUCCAAAGCAGGAAAGUGAUACAGUGUGCCAGGACUGCAUCAAGUUCCUGACCGAUGCUCAAGCUGAAGCCAAGGAAAACUCCUCAUUUGUUGAUGCUCUCAUUGAGAAUAUUGAGAACCAGUGUGACCUGCUGGGGCCAGGCUUGUCUGCAAUGUGCAAGCAGUAUGUCAACGAAUAUGGCACCCUUGUUAUUAUGCAGCUUAUGUCUAUGCAACCCAAGGAUAUCUGUGCCCACGCUGGCUUCUGUUCUGCUGCUAUGAAGAAGUCCAUUCCCAUGCUGAAGCUGCAGGCUGCCAAGACUGUGCCAGCUGCCAAGACUGUGCCAGCUGCCAAGACUGUGCCAGCUGCCAAGACUGUACCUGCUCUCAAACUUGUCCCUGCCACAAAGAUGGAUUCUGCUAAGCCCAUGGUGCGUGUCCGUGAUUCCCCAUCAUGUGCCAUCUGUGAGUUUGUGAUGAAGCAGCUGGAGAGUAUGUUGGAGGAUCAGACAACCGAGGAGGAGGUGAUUCAAGCUGUGGAGAAGGUGUGCACACUUCUGCCUGACAGUCUGUCUGCCCAGUGUAAGGACCUUAUUGAGACCUAUGGCCAGGCCAUCAUUGAGCUGCUAGUGCAGCAGGCUGACCCCAAGACUGUCUGCACAGUGUUGGCUCUCUGUAAAGAUGCCAGGCGUGCAUACGUCCCUGUACUUGACCAGGCUCGUUUCAAGGCUGGUGGCUACUGUGAGGUGUGCAAGAUGGCCGUCUCUUACAUUGACCAGAUCCUGGAGAAGAACGCCACAGAGGCACAGAUUGAGGAGGCUGUGAGGAAAGUGUGCAGCUUCCUGCCUGACACUCUCCAGACUGAGUGUGACCAGAUGAUUGAACAGUAUGAGCCAGUGCUUGUACAGCUGCUGCUCCAGAUGCUUGAUCCAGAUUUCGUGUGCAUGAAACUAGGAGCCUGUCCUGAAGCUGUCCGUAGGCUGCUGGGAACAGAGCAGUGCAGCUGGGGACCUGCAUUCUGGUGCAAGAACAUGGAGACGGCAACUCGGUGCAAUGCUGUGGCUCACUGCAAACGCCAUGUCUGGGUAUAGAAGAGGAGGAAGAACAGCACAAACUGAUCUGUAGGGAAUUAAAGAAAAAAUACUGUAGAGCCGCUUCCCACUUUUAAUUUUUGUCCUGUUUUCCUUUUUUAAUAGACUUAAAUGACUGCAAUUUAUGUUUAAAUUAACUUUGAUAUUUUGAAAGAUGUCAUGGUGGAAAGGGACUGGACAUUUGUUGUUUUUUUUUUUUUUUUGGCAGGAGGGUGGGGAGCAAGGAAGGAGUGACUACAUGUAGAGUGGCCUGUAGCUCAGCCUGUUGCUUUCCUGAGCAGAAGUCCCAAAGUGUUACCACUGGGCUUUGCAGAUUUGCAUAAUUUCGGUUGUAUUUCCCUAUACUGCUUGCUGGGUGUGGUGUGUAUGUGUUGUAUAAGACACAAAUUCAAGUCUCACGUGUUGAUAUUAUGUUGAUAGCAUCAGAUGGCUGCGGUCCUGAUGGGUCUUCAGACACCCCUCCUUAACUGUAUUCUAUCCCUUCUACCUGGAGGAACUGAUUUCAAAAAGGCAAGACAGCUCAGUGUGUUAAGAAUGACUGGCAUUACUUUUAGCAGUAUGUCUGAUCCUUUAAACAGAUUUCUAUUUUGUAGACAGAAAAUGUUUGUUUUUUGUUUUAAGGAGCUGAUAUGGAGGUAAUUAAACUGAGAAUGUACCUCCCACUCAUCUCCCAUUGUUUGCACUCUUCCUACUGUUUGUAAAUCACUGCAUUUCUAACGUACAAAAAACAUCUCAAAUUGUCUGCUUCAAACCCUGAGCCAAUUGUCUGCUCUGUACAUUUUUAACAAUUAAAGUGAUCCCAAUCCAC